AUGUUCAUAUUUAAUUCUGUUCCUAUCUAUCUAAUUCUGUUCAUGUCUAUGUUUGUUCAUAUCUAUCUAAUAUUGUCCAUGUCUACAGAUGUUCCUACCUCCAAGAAAGUUAAACUUCAUGAAGUCAGUGCCUCUUCGAAAAGCACCUCGAUAUCUACUUACUCUCCACCAACUUCAUCAUCCUUUUCGACCCCAGUUUCCAGUAAUAAGGCAUCCAAGAUUCACGAUGGUCGCCGUAAAAUCAGCUUUUCGGCCGAGUCCCUCCUGAUCGCUGCUAUCCAGGACGGCGACAUGGAGGACCUUGCGCGAGUGCUGCACUCGCAAGCCCAUAACAUCAACAUCAACCAAACAAAUCAUAUAGGACUAACACCGUUGCACCACAGUGUCCUGGGUAACAAUUUAGACGCUGUAAAAAUUCUCCUUUGCAGUGGGGCCGAGGUUAAUGCCCAGGACGAAAAUGGCUUUUCUCCUCUUCAUACCGCCUCAGCUUGUGGGUUUAUACAAACUGUUAGCCUUUUGUUGUUGUUUGGAGCAGACGUCUUUCAACUGACGAAGGAGGCCGAGUUGCCUAUUGAUGUGUGCAAGGACACGAACGUGAUCCGGCUUCUUUCACAAGAGAUGUACACGAAAAUACACAAGGAACUCUACUUUUCAGCGUGGAUAGCCUCUUCAUUAUCUAUCUAUCUAUCUAUCUAUCUUAGCCUCUUCAUUAUCUAUCUAUCUAUCUAUCUUAGCCUCUUCAUUAUCUAUCUAUCUAUCUAUCUAUCUAUCUAUCUAUCUAUCUCAGCCUCUUCAUUAUCUAUCUAUCUAUCUAUCUAUCUAACUAAUUCUGUUCUUAUGUCUAUCUAUCUAUCUAUCUAUCUAUCUAUCUAUCUAUCUAUCUAUCUCUAUCUAUCUCAGUCUCUUUAUUAUCUAUCUAUCUAUCUAUCUAUCUAUCUAUCUAUCUAUCUAUCUAUCUAUCUCAGCCUCUUCAUUAUCUAUCUAUCUAUCUAUCUAUCUAUCUAUCUCAGCCAUAGACAGGGAAGGAGUCUUUUCUUUAUCUAUCUAUCUACAGUGCUGUUCGAUACAAGUGAGUCACUUUUAUCGAACAUCUAUCUAUCUAUCUAUCUAUCUAUCUAUCUAUCUAUCAUUUGGAUAAUAACUCGCCGGUGA